AUGGCACAACCCCAAGCACCAUAUCAAUCCCAAUUCCAACCCCCUCUCUUCCAGGUUCAGCAAUGGACAAAGUCCUUCUCAGCGAAAACAGCAACCGCAACAACAACAACAACAACAGCAGCAGCAGCAACAGACGGAAAAGAGAAAUAUGUCAUUUCCACAGACCCCUCUAUCAUCUCCCUCUCCGCCCUGACCGACGCCUUCAACCAAGAACACAUGUACUGGGUCAAACCACUCCCCGCGCCCGUCUUGAAAGAUAUGAUAGACCGCUCGCUAUGUUUCGGGGUGUACAGAUGUAAUAACAGUAAUGGCGCCGAUGAUAAUAAUAAUCAGAACGGCACUGUCGAUGCCACAGGCCUCACCCAAAUCGGCUUCGCACGCCUAAUCACCGAUAACAUCACUUUCGCCUAUCUGACAGAUGUGUACAUUCUUCCUGAAUACCAGGGGACCGGCCUGGGCUCCUGGCUGUUGGAGUGUGUCAAUGCGUGGGUGGAUGGCCGGGGAGAGUAUUUCCGGCGAUUAAUGAUGGUGACGGUCGGCGAGAGGGCGGAAAGGUACUAUCAGCGGGUCAUGGGGGCGGAGACGCAAGGGAGGACAGGAGAUGUUUUGAUUAUGGGGAGGAAGGGGAAGGGUGCGAUUGUGUAG